AUGGGCUCCCGGGACGCUGCACCCCCAGCCCAGGUGCUGGCCCCGGUGGCCGUGUACUGCGGGAGUGUCCCACGGACAAGCGCCGGGCCCCGGGUGCCCCCGCCUGGAGACAUGGACUCUGGCCAGCCGGCUUAUGGAGAAGCCUCCUUGCAGCCCGCACCACAUGCCCGGCUGAGUGAAGAGAAACCGUUGCGGCUCCUGAGUGGACGGGAGGACCUAGAGAGCCUCAAGCCACACGCCCCAAUGAAGGACUGGCAGGCCCAGAACGGCCACCCUGGAAACCUGGGGGCCCCGUCUUUGGGGUCCCAGCCCCUGGCGCUCCCGCCCCCACUAGAGUCAGAGGCCAGCAGUGCAGCCCGGGACACCGCCCAGAUCAAGGACAGACUCAAGAAGAGGAGGCUGUCGGAGGGCCCAGUGGCGUCUGCCCCAGCCUCCCUGGAUCCCGGCAGAGACCCCCGAGGGGUCCCCCUGUGGGGCGCCAUCCCACGCGUUCCCUCUCGGAGACUGCUGGGGGUGCCGAGGCCCAUGCCUCCCAUCCAGAGCAUCCCCGCCACCCCAGAGGCCAGUGGGGACACAGAGAAGGUCCCGGACAGGCAUGGGAGCCGCCAGGGUCUGCAGGAGGUGCCGAUGUCCCUGCGGUACCCGCACUGCCAUGGUGAGAAGGCACGCAGGGCCCUGGAGGUCCCUCCUGUCACCAAGACCAGGAUGCGCACGGUGACCUCCUCUUGUGGGUCCAGCACCCAUCCUGGCCCCUGGCCUCCAGGCCAGGAUGUCCCCACGGGCCUGGGGCCUCCACGCACACGUGAAGGGGUCCAGUCCCGCCAGGCCCCAGGGACAGGGAUGAGGGCGGUCGUGAGGGAUAUUUGGGGGCCGCAGAGCUCUCAAGGGCUGGGGCCAUCUGAAGAGCGUGGACUCGGGGUCCUCUGCAUGGGGAGGCGGGUCACCCUCGUCCACGGCAGCCCUGGCGACCCCACAGGCCCAAGUCCCACAGCGGGGUGGAGGCUGCUGCGGGAGCGUGGACCUCAGGAGGCGCUGCCUCCGCCUCUGGAGCCAGAAGCCGUGGCUGGAGCCAGGCCUGCGGCUGCCCAGAAGCCCACCCUGCCUUCAUCUCUCUCGGACCCCAUGCGGACAGUCUUCUCCCGUGGCCGUGCCAAAGACGCCCAUCCCCAGCUGCAGGAAGAGGACCAGAAGGGGACCAGCAACAAGACUCAAGUCACCAUCUCCAAGUCCGCACGGGAGAAAAUGCGACUGAGGCAGAUGAAGGAGCUGGAGCGUCUCCGGGGGGUGUGGGAGCCAGAGAGGAUGUUGGUUGUCCGUGGUGCCCACCCUCCCAUCCCGAGCCUCCUUCCGCUCCGGGGCAGUGGGACCCUGUCGGUGCCCACUGGGCUGAACAGCCCCCACAGAAGCAGCACCAGUGGCGUCUUGAGGAAGCGGGCCAGUCGGUCCUCACUGCCCGCCAUCCCCGUCAGCAGGCAGGAGCCCAGCCUCGCCCGCCACGCCUCAGCGAACUCGCUCCCCGCGGUGCUCAUGCUGGGGUCUCCCAAGUGGAUCGAAGAGGAGGAGGAGCUGGACCUGAGAGCCUUCAAGGAGGCGCGGCCUUUCUCGAACCCGGAGCUGGGGCUGGUGGACGCCCUCCAGUGCCUGGGCAGCAGUGACUGGCAGGUGAAGGAGAAGGCCCUGGUGAGCGUGCGGCGCCUGGCGGCCUGCCACCCUGAGGUCCUCGCUGGGAGGCUACAUGACGUGUGCUUGGCGGUGACCGGGGAGGUCUCCAACCUCCGCUCCAGGGUGUCCCGCCUGGCCAUUCGCACGCUGGGUGACCUCUUCCGGGCCCUGAGGAAGAGCAUGGACCCCGAGGCUGAGGAGAUCGCCCGCUGCCUUCUCCAGAAGAUGGGCAACGCCAGCGAGUUCAUCCAGAGAGCCACUGGCCGUGCCCUGGCAGCCAUGGUGGAGGGUGUGACCCCUGCCCGCUCCCUGGCAGCCCUCACCUCAGCCGGUGUCUACCACCGGAACCCUCUGGUCCGGAAGUGCACUGCUCGACACCUCUCGGCCGUGCUGGAGCAGAUCAGUGCUGAGAAGCUUCUCGCGGGUCCCAGGGUCAGCACAGAUAUGUUGGUGUACAACCUGCUGAGGCUGGCCCAGGACUCCAACCAGGACACCAGGUUUUAUGGCCGGAAGAUGGUGGCCAGCCUGAUGGCGCACUCGGGCUUUGACGCGCUUCUGAAGCGGUCCCUUCCGUCUCACGACUUGCAGAAGGUCCUGGCGGCCAUCAGGCAGCGGGGACUAGAAGACAAUGGUGACCUCCCAUCUGCCAAGGGCUGCGAGGUGUUGAGGAAUCUGGUGGAGUGUGAGCACAGGCUGCCCACUGCAGAGGGGUACGGCUGCCUGGUCUCUCUGGGUCCCACGUCUAAGACUGCCAGCUGGCACCUGCCCACCUAUGACCGGGCACUCCAGGGUGGCUUGGGGCGUGUGGAGAAUGAACUCUGCUGUGCAGGCGCUGCUGGACCUGGGCUCGACCCCCUGGGCUACAGUGGGGAGUCGGCUAGGGCCUUGGUGCUGGAGCGGGGAGUGCUGGGGCGACUAGGAUGGCCCCAGAGCCUGAGCUCUGGCAACCUCUGCCUCCUGGCCGCGUUUGCGGGGCGAGUGCGUUUCCUGAGCGGCCGUGCGGCGCUGGAUGUCACGGAGCGCCUGUCAGUGCUGGUGGCCUCAGUUUACCCCCAAUAUCCUCAGGCCGUGGAGCGGCACGUCCUUCCUGUUCUCUGGUGCAUCCUGACUGACAUGGUGGCGAACGGCAGCCUGUCCAGGCGUGGCGGGAACCCGCGUGAGGUGGCGUCCCGGCUGUGUGGGGUCCUCCAGGGCCAGAUGGGACCCCGCCUGCAGGAUUUGGCCACCGGGCAGCCAGAGCGCGUGCUCGCCGUGCUGCAGGAGCUCUUGGACACGGAGGGUGCGGGGGGCGGCUGCAAGGCCACCGGCAGAGGGGGGGCACCUGGCAGCAGGACAAGGGCCAGCUCAUGCCCCAGUCAGCAGGAUUAA